AUGGCGGCCAGGAGCGGGGGAGGGACGCGAAGGCCGCGAGUGGCGGCCCGAGAGCGGGGAGGAAAGCGGGCGGCCAGGGACAAGGGCCGGGAGCCGGGGGAGGCACGGGGCCUGGGAGCGGGGAGACGGACAGGGCCGGGAGCACACACUCAAAGCGAGAGAGAGAGAGAGAAAGCCAAACGAGAGAGAGAAGAGAUCACGGGAGGAAGCGAAGGCCGGGAGCGGCUCCCGGUCUCGGGGAGGGAGAGGCGGCCCGGUCGCGAUGGAAGGAAGAGGGGACGAUCGAGUGGAGGAAAGAGGCGACCGAUCGCGAUGGAGGAAGCGGCGGCCAAGACCUCCAGCGAGAGAGAGAACUAA